AUGGUUCUCUGCUAUCUGAUAAACCACCCAAUACCUCCAAAUGUUCCACUGGCUCCCAUACAGAAUGGGAUUCAUCACAUGCCUGUUAACAAUUUGCCUAUGGGAUACCCUGUUCUGCAGCAGCCUCCUCUUCCAGCUACACAUAUCAACUCCAUGAGCUGCAGUAUGUCUUCUUCCCGUGUGGAAAAGGGGAUCCUUGCAUCAGGAAAAUUCCAUCCUAUUCAAAUGAAUGUUGCGAAUGAAACUGCAUCUGAUCUGGUAACCGGUAUUCCUACUGCUGGAGUCAAAGAUAUCAGGAAUGAGUGUGGAUGCAUCCACUCUUCACUUAACAUUUACAUCCGAUGUGUCAAGUUCAGGAGGACUGCAACCGGGUCAGAUGGUGGGACUGGAAAUUCGAGGGAAUCAUUCUUGUCAUUGGCUCAUAUUCCAUGGAAUGUUGAAGCCACUGCUGAGGCAAUAAAUGAGGGCAUGGCUUUCCUGCUGACUGGUGGGCACUGGAAGUCUUGA